CUGGUACCUUCAUGAUGGUUUCCUUAGUAGAGUCCUGCAUUGUUGUGAAAUGGAAUGGAAGGCUAGAGUUGUUUUUGUCCACACUGCAUUACCUACCCAGAAGCAGUGUGACUGCGAGUUUUACAAUAAGGUCCUAAGUUGAGGACGAAAUUUUUAUAUGAUUGGAAGCAAGCCACCAGAAAAAGGGUACAGCACUGUCAUGUCAGAAAUCGUCCCUUCAGAAGCCGAGCUACUUGCUGUGAUUACGAACAUCAAGCAAGCCGAACCAGAACUUGGUAUCAAAAAAGUACUGGCUGCUGUCAAUGCACAACAGCCAACAUGGACCGUUUCGGAGAAGCGAGUCAAGAAGCUCAUGCAGUCACUGGGUCUUGUGCAAUCAACCCACCUUGUCAAGAGUGGUAUCGAAGACGACCCGUCUGUUCCCGUCAGUUUUAUUGAUCCCAAGCUUGACUUGAAAGCUACCUCGGCAGCUAUUGAGGCACGUAUGGUGGAUAGAAUCACAGGAAAAGGACUAUUUGCAGCACGCGAUUUGAAGAAGGACGAAGUGAUUUUCGAGGAGACUCCGUUUGUGUUUUUCCCUGUGUGGGAUCUGUACAACGAGUCUAGAAUCGGCAAUGUCUGUUCUUUGUGUACUAAACCCUUCAAAAAGGUCAGUCACUCAGUGCUAUCGGUUCGCUGCCAACAUUGUGAUGUGUCCUAUUGUAGUGCUGGGUGCCGCAAGAUUGCCUGGGACUCGUUCCACAAACUCGAAUGCACACAUCUCAACACCGCUAUGAAAGAUUACAUCAACCUUUGCUCGUCUGAGUCUUGGGCUGCUGCUAUGGCCGUGAUGCGUAUCUAUUGCCAUCUUAUUCUGGCCAACGAGCGUGGAGAUCUGGAUGCUGUGCUCGCUCAUUACGAUGCCUUUGCUACUGUCAACCAAUCCGAACGCCAGGCCAAGGAAACGGCAUGGAUCUUCAUGGAACACACAACACGCGAGUUGUGGGUCAAGGCACGAAAACUCUUAUCCAAGGCACUCAACCCACCUCCCAAAAAAUGCAAAAUCACUCAACCCCUGCCUGAGGCACUUGCCAAGAAAUUGUUCGACGAUGAAGAUACGUUCUUGGAGUAUCUUGGAAAAUACAACAUCAACAAUCAGAAUGGUGGUUUAUACCUUGUUCAAUCUCACAUCAAUCAUGAAUGCCACCCCAACGUCUGCAUCGAACAUCCUGUCCGCCUUUCCGACUACAAAAUAUCCGUGCGUGCCAUUAGAGACAUCAAGAAGGGAGAGCAGUUAUUCGAAACUUAUGUGAAUCCUCGCUGGAACAAGGAGACUCGAGUGAAUUACUUGAGCACAAAUUACAUGUUCCAAUGUAAUUGCAAGCGAUGCAAGAACGAUGAACCAUUAUCGGACGAACUUCGACAAGGCCUAAGAUUGCGACCAGAGUAAAAGAGAUGUUAAAGAAAGAAAGAAAGGGAACCCAAAAAAAAAAGUUCCCUGAUCGCACUGACCCAUGCGACCUCAUCGCUUUGUAAAUGUCGCCUCCCCCUUUUCCCCUCGCUACCCUAUUCUCUAGAAGAUGAUCAUAUAAUGUUUAGACAAAGAAAAUCAGAUAAAAGAAAGCGACGCCUCUUUUUUUUUUUUCCAAAAAAAACCAAAACAUCCUUUGGGCAAAAUGCCGUGCCGUUCACUCCUGCACAAGUGAUUCACGGGGGACCCCGAUCUUUGCAUUGAUCUUUAGUUCGUGUCAUUUUACGCACACGUAUUCUAAGAACCAUCGUUCACUAGAAGGUUUACGUUCUGGGAAGGUAGCGUGGUCUACUUUACUAAGUUGGGGAG